GAACGUUCUAAAAUAGUAGCCCCCCCGCCCUUGUGUUGAAGGUUCUUCUGGAGGUGGUUGUGAUGAAUACUUCCAAGUGUUUUUGGAUACUUAUGAUGUGGAAUUAGGGUUGAUUUUGUGUAAAGUGUGUAUGUGUCUCAAGACGUGCUGGGUAAAGGUAAAGAGCGGGAAUUCGAGGGGUCCUUCUGCCAGGCCGUCGGCUCCUGCCCCGCCAUUCACGGCGCCUUCAGCAUGCGGUUAAUCGGUUUCUUAGGGUCUUGUGUACAUCCCCCACCCCCUCCUCGAGUGGGUGAGAUAGCUUUUUCUGAAGUUCACUUCUUCCGCAACUCUGACCCCCAGACGGCGAGGCUGUCGCACCCGAGAACGGUUUAUGCCCACCCCGUCCCAAUGAAUGGGCCACCUCUGGGCGCCCUUGGGCGCGGGCCGGCCGUCGUCACCGAGGGCUAACUCCUGGGGAGCAGGGACUGGGCAGAGUCGCAGCACCCUAAGCUCUGGGCUUCCUUUGGGCCGCCCAGGGUCCCUGCGCGUUUUAUUGCGACCUGCCGGUGGGAACUUUGUCUCCGAGUCGGAGCAGCAUGGAGCGGCGGAGCGAGAGCCCGUGUCUGCGGGACAGCCCCGACCGGCGGAGCGGCAGCCCCGACGUCAAGGGGCCUCCCCCGGCGAAGGUGGCCCGGCUGGAGCAGAACGGCAGCCCCAUGGGAGCCCGCGGGAGGCCCAACGGCGCCGUGGCCAAGGCCGUGGGAGGUUUGAUGAUUCCUGUCUUUUGUGUGGUGGAGCAGUUGGAUAGCUCUCUCGAAUAUGACAACAGAGAAGAACAUGCGGAGUUUGUCCUGGUUCGAAAAGACGUGCUUUUUAGCCAGCUGGUGGAGACCGCGCUCCUGGCCCUGGGGUACUCCCACAGCUCCGCGGCUCAGGCACAAGGAAUAAUCAAGCUGGGGAGGUGGAACCCUCUCCCCCUCAGUUAUGUGACAGAUGCACCUGAUGCGACAGUGGCCGACAUGCUGCAAGAUGUCUAUCAUGUUGUGACGUUGAAAAUCCAGUUACAAAGUUGUUCGAAGUUGGAAGACUUGCCUGCGGAGCAGUGGAACCAUGCCACAGUCCGCAAUGCCUUAAAGGAACUACUCAAAGAGAUGAACCAGAGCACAUUAGCCAAAGAAUGCCCUCUCUCCCAGAGUAUGAUUUCAUCCAUUGUAAAUAGCACAUAUUAUGCCAACGUGUCAGCAACCAAGUGCCAGGAGUUUGGGCGAUGGUAUAAGAAGUACAAGAAGAUUAAAGUGGAAAGAGUGGAACGAGAAAACCUUUCAGACUAUUGUGUUCUGGGCCAGCGUCCAAUGCAUUUACCAAAUAUGAACCAGCUGGCAUCCCUGGGGAAAACCAACGAACAGUCUCCUCACAGCCAAAUCCACCACAGUACUCCAAUCCGAAACCAAGUGCCCGCGUUACAGCCCAUCAUGAGCCCUGGUCUUCUUUCUCCCCAGCUUAGUCCACAACUUGUCAGGCAGCAAAUAGCUAUGGCCCAUCUGAUAAACCAACAGAUUGCUGUUAGCCGGCUCCUGGCUCACCAGCAUCCUCAAGCCAUCAACCAGCAGUUCCUGAACCAUCCGCCCAUUCCCAGAGCAGUUAAGCCGGAGCCAACCAACUCUUCUGUGGAAGUCUCUCCAGAUAUCUACCAGCAAGUCAGAGACGAGCUGAAGAGGGCCAGCGUAUCCCAAGCUGUCUUUGCAAGAGUAGCAUUCAACCGCACACAGGGAUUGUUGUCCGAGAUUCUGCGUAAGGAAGAAGACCCUCGGACAGCCUCUCAGUCUCUUUUAGUAAACCUGAGGGCCAUGCAGAAUUUCCUCAAUCUGCCGGAAGUGGAGCGGGAUCGUAUAUACCAGGACGAGAGAGAGCGGAGCAUGAACCCCAAUGUGAGCAUGGUCUCGUCGGCCUCGAGCAGCCCCAGCUCCUCCCGAACCCCUCAGGCCAAAACCUCGACACCGACAACAGACCUCCCCAUUAAGGUGGACGGCGCCAACGUCAACAUCACAGCUGCCAUUUAUGACGAGAUCCAACAGGAGAUGAAAAGGGCCAAGGUGUCUCAAGCCCUGUUUGCCAAAGUGGCUGCAAAUAAAAGUCAGGGCUGGCUGUGUGAACUGCUCCGCUGGAAGGAGAACCCUAGCCCAGAAAACCGCACCCUCUGGGAGAACCUCUGUACCAUCCGUCGCUUCCUGAACCUUCCCCAGCACGAGAGGGAUGUGAUCUAUGAGGAGGAGUCGAGGCAUCACCACAGCGAACGCAUGCAGCACGUGGUCCAGCUUCCCCCUGAGCCAGUACAGGUCCUCCAUCGACAGCAGUCGCAGCCCGCCAAGGAGAGCUCUCCUCCCAGAGAAGAGGCGCCUCCCCCGCCUCCUCCGGCUGAAGACAGUUGUGCCAAAAAGCCCCGGUCUCGCACAAAGAUCUCUUUGGAAGCCCUGGGGAUCCUCCAAAGCUUCAUUCACGAUGUAGGCCUGUACCCCGAUCAGGAAGCCAUCCACACUCUCUCUGCGCAGCUGGAUCUCCCCAAACACACCAUCAUCAAGUUCUUCCAGAACCAGCGGUACCACGUGAAGCAUCACGGGAAGCUCAAGGAACACCUGGGCUCCGCGGUGGAUGUGGCCGAGUAUAAGGACGAGGAGCUGCUGACAGAGUCUGAGGAGAACGACAGCGAGGAAGGCUCGGAGGAGAUGUACAAAGUGGAGGCCGAGGAGGACAACGCGGAGAAAAGCAAGGCGGCGCCCGCCGACAUCGACCAGAGAUAAUGUGAACUCGCACCAGGCCAAGCAAUACAUCAGCCCAAGGACUUUCUGUUCUAGUUUCCUUAAAAAACACCUUUUUUUGGCUUUGUUUUAGUUUUGUCUUUUUUUGUCUGUUUUGUUUUCUUUACCUUUUUUGACAUUUCUUUGUUGCACAGGAUACACCUGUAGACUGAGUGAGUUCAGUAUUUCUGAAUCAGACAUCACCUUGGCAAAGACACUAAAGUGUUACCCUUUCGCAGUUGACUGGAUCAUAGUAAUUAUAAUCACAGGACACUCUGCCUUCAUCAUCCUUGCACUUAUGGAAGAGACAGCAGGCGAGUUCCAGGAUGAAAAGACCUCCGGAAUACAUGAAGGAAGCUACCAGUGUGUGUAUAUGUAUAUGUAUGUAUCUAUAUAUUUACAUAUAUGUAUGAAAAUUGCAUGGGACCGAGAACUUUACAAUCUGAAAGAAUAGACUGUGAAAUGAGUUCUUAAAGAAGAGACUUGUUUAUGUAUUAAAAAAAAAACCACUUCACAGUGAGUCACUCUGGCUCUUUGAUAAACUGCGGCCUGCUCUCAGGGGGGGGGUGACUAUUUUUGAAUUCCUAUUUAUUUUCUGUGUUUGUCCCUGAUUUUUUUUUUUUUUUUAAUUCUAUGGCUUCCUAUCUGUCAGCUUGAUGGGUAAUUUUUGAGGUAUGUAUUUAACAAAAUAAAUCAACACUGCCAAAAAAAAAAAGAAAGAAAGAAAGAAGAAGAAAGUCAAGUGAAAAAAGAUCAGGGCACCUUAGAAUGACGAUACAAGUGACAUCACUUAGAGACACAACGCACACUUACGUGACUCGUACGCUCCGUUACCCACUGUCAUUCCUGCAGCAAACGGGUGCACUUCUGUGGAAUUCCAAUGAGUAAAAUGGGAAUUCAAUACAGAGGAAACUUGUCCAUUAGUGCAGUCUUGAUAAAAUGACAUUUUGACGUUGGACAUAUGGAAUUCAUAGUAUGAGCCACAUUUUAUUGUGAAGUUUAUUUACCUGCUCGUGGCUUCAAAUCUUAAAAUUAAUAGGCCUGCUCAUUUAAAAGUUGUUUGUUGUUGCUGUUUUCUUUUCUUUUUUUUUGGUUCUUUUUUUUUUUAAUAGAAAAUAGUUCAAUGUAAUGUUAAGUUAGAAAAGAAGUUGCUGCCCGGUUACAGGGGCUCCCUCUCAGAUAAGUCUCUGUCCUCCCGUCUCCCAAAAGAUGUCUCCUAUUUCUGUCUCACUUUGGGCUUCCUCUUCUUUGUACACAUUCCGUCCACCGAACCGAACGUUUCCAGUCCCCGCUCUCACAAGCCUCGUCCCUUCCCUGGUGUGGCAGCCCUAUCAAGCACCUGUUUCUGAAUCAUGGUGCAGCUCCAGGCAAUAGAGUAAGCGAAGCGAUUUCAGUGGCAUCACCUACUCGUCAUAAACGGAAGCACCGCCCCAGUCACCUCCAUAGCGGUUCCGUGACAUAAAGCAGAACUAAUGCUGACUGGCUGUUUAGUGGAACGAGCAUUAAAGCUGCGAGCUCCUGUAGUCUCCACCCUCCUGUAGCUUCCUCAGAAACACCGGGAGCAUUGCUGCCCGCUUCCACCGCUGGUCAUUGCCCGAGGAGACCUCGCCUGCAGGACUGGCCGGGGGGAUCUGGUCUUCUAGGUGGCCGUCACGCAGUCCCACACGGUCGGAGUUUGAGUUGUGCUUUCAUGCAACCUUGUCAAAGACCUCAUGCAAUAUUACUUUGAAAGUUAUUUUCUGUUUACUACACAAACAUUGUAAUAUAACUGUUAAUACUAUUUAUAUAUUUGAAAGGUAUAAAAGGUAGGAGUUAAAAAAAAAACCUCUAUGUGUAGAUAUUAACUCAGAACUUACAAUAUACAGGGAGAAGACAUGUUGCAAUACAAGCUAAUUCUAGCUGCUCAGUAACCUCUGGAGUUUUUAAAGGGACAUUUUCCUGUACUUUUUCAAAUAAUGAUGUUUAAAAAAAUUACCUUGACACGAGCGUCCUGUACCUUUGCAAAGGAUGGUUGUUGGCAGUUCCGCCCGGGCCCGUCCUCCCCCCACCUGUAGCGCUGCAGCUUUAAUCGGAAAGUCCGUGGUCGCUGCUUCCUGAUCUCCGAGUUACUCUUUCCAAAUCGUCUUCUUACACUGUUGCUGAAGGUCACUCUGUACACGUAAUGGAAACUGAUGUUGCCAAGCUCUUACAAGGUGGUUCAUCGAUCGAUGGCAUCCGCAUUUGGUAUCUUUUACACUUCAACCAAAAAUUUAUUAGGUAUUUUUCAAUGCUAAGUCUUGCCUUUUAUUUUUUAAUUUCACUGCCAAGUUUGCAGUGGUUCUAAGUGAAUCUGUGGGCAUUUUAGCCUGUGGUCUUGCCAGAUCUUUGCGAAUUACAAUGCAUAUAUGUCUAUUUAUUCAAUAUCUGUCAUAUAAUAUCUAUUUGGAAGAAGAAACUUUCUCUUGUAGUGCCUCUUGACAAAGCACAAUUUCCAGCCUUUUUUUUUUUUGUGAAAUGAAAAAACAAAUUGUGUUUUAUUGCGGUAUCAACAAUGUGAAUAAGGAUUAACAUAUUGUAAAUGUUCUUUUUUCCAUGUAAAUCAACUAUCUUUGUUAUCACUAAGUGAUAAUUAAUUUUUAACUUAUGUGCAUUGUUAGGCUGUUAGAAUUUUUUGGUUGUUAAAAUAA